AUGCCGUUUCCGAAGAAUAAUAGCUCGGCAUGUCCGGAAAGCACCGAGAAGGCCUCCGCUCCGCUGUCUGCGAGUGAAUUUCGGGCAUACAAUCGCUUGUCGGAGCACAUGGACCAAUUCGUAAGCUCGAAACCAUGUUAUUAUGAGGUCGCUCAAGUGCUUACAAAGGAAAUACAGCAUUCCCAUUUCCGCUUAACAUGGAAUCAGCUGUGGGACGCCUGUACUGCCACCGGGAAACGCCCUGGUGGGAUAUCGGCUCGCCAGAUGAUUCUUAUGGGCCUACAAUUUUGUUCGCAACUGGACUUUCAUCACUCUAUUGAAGAACAGCACAUUUUCCCCAUCCUGGCGAAAAAGAUGCCCGAGUUCCGGAAAGAACUCGAUUUGCUCCGCCAGCAUAAGCAGAUCCAUGCUGGACUCGAGAAACUCGAAGCCUACCUUGAAAAAUGCCGGUCAGGUGAAGAGGAUCUGCGCCGAGAAGAAGUGAAGCGUCUGAUGGAAGGCUUCGGUAAGGUUUUGUGGGCUCAUUUGGAUGAGGAGGUCCAGACACUUGGCGCAGACAAUAUGCGUAAGUACUGGAGCCUCGAGGAGAUGCGCCGGCUUCCCAUGUGA